AAUAUUUUCAAUUUUUUAGUCAAAACGAAACAGUACAUAACAUUAAAAAAAUAUUUUCCAAUCUUUUAAAAAAUUUAACAAUUAGACUAGACUUAAAUUUUAAAAUGUAUUCAUUUUCAGUAAUCUUAUUUUUUAUAGUUUGCUGGGUUACAGCAUUUUCAGAGUCAAUCCGUCCACUUGACGAAAUAGAGUUCAAAGAAAAAUAUUCAAGUCUAUUAACUGUUAUGGUAGAAAUUAACAUGAGAGAUUUUUUAAAAUUUAACAGUGAUGAUAACAAUAGAGUUAGUGGAAAAAUAUUCAAACAAUUACUCAAUGGUAUAUCUUAUGACGAUAAAGAGGCAUUAGAUUUCUUUGAAAAUAAUGAAACUAUUAAUGAUGAUGAAAUGUAUGAAUAUGAUGAAUUUAUAAAUAACACAUUCGAAAAACUACGAAAAAUUGAGUUGAAAGCAAAUUUAUUUGAUGACCGAGCUGAUAAAUCGGGAUUCAUUGAAAAAACUACUGCAAUUGAAAUGAUUGAAUUAAUAAGUCGUGAAAAAGUCAAACUUUCUAGGAUCGAGAAAUUGAUAGAACCUAAAUCAAAAUGGUGGCAGAUAAAGCUCUCUGAUGCUAAACCCGAAAAAAAACCAAAUAACAUUUACAUAGCAAAAAACGAGGCUAUAGAAUUAAUUAAAAAUUGCAAUCUCGAAAAAUUCAAUCUUAUAAAUUUAAAAUGGUUGCUAAUAUCCAGUAAAGAUGAAAACAAAAAAAAAGAAAUAAUACAACAUGACAACGAAUAAGUUAAACCUUGCCAAAAAAGCAAUUACAAUAUAAAACAAAUCAAAAACUAUUCAUUUUUUAAUUUUGUAUUAUUUUUUAAUAAUAAAGUAUAUUUGAAAUACUUAUCAUUAUUUUCAAUAAUAACUUGUGU